AGAAUUAGGCAGAAAGAAGAGCAUUUGUUAAUCUGGUGAAAAGAAAAAUAAUUUGAUUUUAGUGUGGCGGUAAUGGAAUCGGAAGAAGAAAAAGGCGGUGACGACGAGGAAGUGAUGAGCGAGGUUCACCUGGGUUGUCCACCCUCCUUCUCCGGGCCCUAUAUUUCUGUUUUCACCGUUUCUGGUAUCUUAGAUGUUGCUCGCAAUCUGGAAUUCGAUGCGGACGGUGACCUUCUUCUCCCUCGACGCACCACAAAUGCACCACAUUCACGUGACGGCCUCAGUGUGAAAAUCCAGCAUAACAUCACAUCGUCAAUUUCAAAUGUUGGUCUCCAGGUUUGGAAAGCUGAACUACUAUUGUCUGAUUUUAUAUUGCAUAGAGCAUCCUGUUCCUCUCAACUUCACGGAGUUACGGCAUUAGAACUUGGCGCUGGAACUGGCUUGGUGGGUUUAUUACUUGCACGCUUUGCAAAUACAGUGUUCCUAACAGACCAUGGAACUGAAAUACUGGACAACUGUGCAAAGAAUGUUCAGCUUAAUUUUGGAUCAUUGAAUUAUCAAGCCAAAAUUUACGUACGUGAACUUGAUUGGUUCAAUUGCUGGCCUCCUAAAACAAAAAUAGAAGAGGCUCCUUGCACACAAAAGUAUUCUUGGACUUCCAGAGAAAUUGAAGAUGCAGAGAAUGCUUCUUUGCUGGUGGCUGCUGAUGUUAUUUAUAGUGAUGAGCUGACUGAUGCGUUUUUCAGUACCUUAGAGACAUUAAUGUCAAGGGGUUCAACAAAGGUGUUAUACAUGGCACUAGAAAAGCGCUACAACUUCUCUCUUUCUGACCUUGAUGUUGUUGCAAAUGGAUAUUCACAUUUUCGAAGCUAUCUCAGGGAUGAGGAUGAAAUUGAAAGCCUUCAGUCUGUAAGCAUGCCUAAUUUUGUGGGGAAGCGGAUGGACAUAUCUCAAAUUCCACAGUAUGUUGGAGAAUAUGAUAGAGGACCUGAUGUUGAGAUUUGGCAGAUCAAGUACUCUAGAUCAAAACAAGAAGCCUCAGCUACUCUAGGGUAAAAAUUUGAAGGGUCUUGCCAGGGCAUUGGAAAAAGAAUCAAUAGUAGAAAUUUUUUAUUGAAAAUCCUGUUGCAAUGCAUUGGAAAUCACAGGACAGGUACAUUUAUAAGGGGGAGAGUAAGAUUAAGAAACAUUAGGAAAUUAGGAGAGAAUUCUUGGUAAAUAAUGUUUCUAAGAAUUUGUCGAACAAUUCUUACCUAGUGAGAUAAAACUCGCCAUAUCUUCACUUUAUUUAGUUAGUGUCGGUUGGCUGUUUUCUCUGCGACUGGAUUCAAGUAUGUAUAUUCCUGUUGAACAAUAUCAGUCAUGUUAUUGUUAGAUUAAUGGGUGUAGAGUGAUAUUAAAGGCAGAUCAGAUGCAGGUUUAUGGUGGCAAGCAAAAUUUUCCAUGAAAUUAUGGCA